UGCGUGUUUACAUUGAAACGUUUGCGCUGGGAGCGUUUCUUGUGCAGAGGAAAAGUGACCUGCCUCACAACAGCAUCCUUCCCAGAGUGCCAGUCCUCUCUGUUGUUCCAUCUCUGGUCCUGGUUUGGUUUCUGCUGCCCUGUUUGUAACAGGCAGAAUGAAGUGUCCACCUUGGCCUCAGGGAAAGAAACUGGUCCACCUGGAUCUGAAAGGUGCCCCCCCAAGAGUUGAAUACCUUCACAAACUGAUCGAGCUGUUCUCUCAGCUGGGAGUCGAUGGCCUGCUGGUGGAGUACGAGGAUAUGUUUCCUUAUGAGGGAGAGCUGAGGCUGCUGCAGGCCACAGUACAGCCUGUUUACAGCCGAGAGGAGGUACUAUAUAUGCAGGAAUUUGCCAAAUCAAAGGGCAUGGAGGUCAUCCCACUUGUGCAGACAUUUGGUCACAUGGAGUUUGUGCUGAAGCAUCGACCCAUGUGGAGCCUGAGAGAGGUGUCACACUGUGUGGGCACCCUGAAUCCCCACAAAGAGGAAGGGGUGAGGCUGGUGGUGGAGAUGCUGAGGCAGGUGGUGGAGCUGCACCCAGGCUUAAAUACACUGCACAUUGGAGCAGAUGAGGUGUACAUGCUUGGCGAGGGGGAGGAGUCCAAACUGUGGUUGGCCUCACCUGGACAUACAGUGGAGCAACUUUUCCUGAGUCAUGUGACCAAGGUGGCACAGGCCGUCAAGAAGGCGUGGCCACACAUGACCAUCAUAAUGUGGGAUGAUAUGAUGAGAGGCAUGAGCCAGGACACACUAAAAGCUAGUGGACUAGUGGGACUUGUACAGCCCAUGCUGUGGGACUACACCCCUGAUCUGAAUGUGGACACAACAGUGUCUCUGCUGGAGAAGUACUGCAGUGCCGGCAUGUCAGAUGUGUGGGCAGCCAGCUCCUUUAAAGGCUCCACCAGUGUUUACACCUGUGUGCCCAGCACACAGAGACAUGUGGAUAAUCAUGUGCAGUGGCUGAAAGUGGCUGCUUCUAUAUCUGCUGGUGUACACCUGCAGGGCAUCGCCAUCACAGGCUGGCAAAGGUAUGACCACCUGUCAGUGCUGUGUGAGCUGAUUCAUGUGGCCCUCCCAUCACUAGCAGCCUGUCUCCAGACACUCAGUCAUGGUCAGUUCAGUGCUGAGGCUCAGAGCAAAGUAACUGAGAGGCUGGGUAUCGCCUCGGUAGAGGUAGAGGCCAUGGGGAGCACCUCUGCAGGUGAAUCGCUGUUCCCAGGGAGGAGGCUGGCAGACUUAACUGUGGAGCUCAACGCACUGUUGAACUCAGAGGACAUACGAUUUUUUGAAAACAACAUGUUUGUAAGAGGAUGGUUCAGCCCCUACCACCGACAGGGGAAAAUGGUGUCCCCGCUCAUCACCAUGCAGAUUCACAGCCAAGCAUCAACGUAUUUGACAGUGUUACAAGAGAAGGUGGCAGCAGUGAGAGAGGAGAUGGUGCGUCUGUACCCAGAGUCAACAGCCCAGGAGUGGAUAGAGGAACACGUCAGCCCUGUAGUGGCUCCUUUACUGAGGAUAACAGAGGAGAUCAGCGCCUGUGUGAAUGAGAUGGUGCCGUAGAAUAUUCUGCCAGCUCAGAAUCAAAUUGCUUUUUUGAUCAAUGCUAACACUGGUCUCUUACUUUUUUGCAACCAGCACUCAACUGUGAUUUUAUGUGUGAAUUUGCACUUAACCAAGAGCCAACUCUUGUAUGGAAAUUGCACUCACUGUAGCAAAGAAAGGACAUAACAUUAAAAGAAGGCUUUGGGUUUACAUAGAAAAUAAUUUUAUAUAAUUCCUCCAAAUGUAUCAAAGUAAACAAAGACAAUAAAAUCAACCAACAAAGAAA